AUGUUGCUAAAUCGUUGGAAAGAGCGAAUUCAUCUUAAACGCGUGGCCCUUUCGUUAUUAGUAGUGUUGUGUUUUUUGAUAAUUGCAUCUGAUGCUAGGGUUUUAACAAAUUCAUAUAAUGAAAUUCAACCACUAACUGUAUCUCAAGUCGAUACUUAUCCUGAUGAUACAAUUAUAAUGCUACUUAAACCUAUUACAUUAGGAUCAUGUGGAGACUCUACAUUAUACUUUCGUAUAAUUGCUAAGAACGGAACUAUGACCAAAUUUGAUUAUCCUACAAACAAUGGUACUAUACCUUUGAAUAAUUUUUGUUUUCAGUCUAGUAAUGUGCGUAAAAGAAAUUCUAAAGAGUACGAAGAAGAUUGUGAUGACGGAAGUGAGCCAAAAAAGCAUCCAAGUAAGCCAACAAAGAAUCCGAAACAUCCCGCAGGAAAAAAAGAUUGUGAUGAUGGAUCUGAAAAUUGCGAAAAUGAUUGUAAACAAUCUAAAGAGGAUUGCGAAAAAGAUUGUGGAGAAUCUGAUGAAGAUUGCAAAAAAAGAACAACCCCUAAUGGACCAGGAACCACCCCUAAUGGACCAGGAACAACCCCUAAUGGACCAGGGACAACCCCUAAUGGACCAGGAACAACCCCUAAUGGACCAGGAACAACCCCUAAUGGACCAGGAACAACCCCUAAUGGACCAGGAACAACUCCUAAUGGACCAAAUGGACAAAAUGGAACAACCCCUAAUGGACCGAAUAACGAACAAAACGGAACGUUACCGAAUGUCACCAUACCAAUUAAGUCAAACGGCCCUGGAGUUAUGAUACCCAGAUCAAAAACUUCAUCAUAUAGUACUAUCAAUAUUUAUGCUCUAUCCAAACCAUUUGUACUUGUAACAUAUUAUUGUAAUUAUCCACAAUCCUAUCAAAUAAAAACAGAUGGUUCGAUUACGACUGGCGCAUCUGGCCAAUCUAGUGAAAUUACGAAGUUUACCGAUAUGUCACAAUUUUCAAAAUUUAUAAACAUUUUUCCUACUGAGAAUAAUGAUUACGGAUUAGUUUACACAAAAUAUGUGUCUCAAUCUGGACAGGGAAUAACAAGCCCAUGGCAACUUUAUUUAAUUUGGAUUUCCCAUACAGACUCUUCAACUAAAGGAAAUUCCCUCAUAUAUGAAUCGCAGCCCAGUACAAAUACUACUGAUUAUUACUUGUACCAAUGUUCUGUUGCACAGGAAUCAGUUGGAUACAAUUGUUUGGUUUAUACUAAACGAACAGAUAAAACUGUAUACGUUAAUGUUAAUUUUUGGUCUUCUGGCUCUGUCAAUAAAACGAAUGAAAUUACUGUAAAUAUGCCUGCUCCAUAUACUACUGUGGUUGAUGUCGGAACUUUAUCCUAUGGUGGUUAUAUUUUUGUUGUUAAGAACACUACAAAUGCUACAGAUAUGGGCAAUGUUCAAGGACUUGUGUAUUACAAUAAUGGAACCGAUCAUGGAACUUGGGGUCUUCCUGAUUUUACAGCUGGUAUACCGAUCGUUGGCGUGACUCCAAACAACACUGUGUGGACCAUUACUCAAAGCACAAAUAAUACAAGUAAUAGUUCAACGAUAAUUGAAAUUGUUACAAAUAUUACAAACUUUAUUGAUCUAAAAAUACCAUUUAAAUCCCCCAAAAAAGCUGGUAUGCUUGGUUCAUCCUAUAUUUCGCAUGUCACACCAGCAUCGAAUACGACCAUUGCGCCACGAUUUUCAGAAAUUAAGAUAACGUAUAAUAACCAAAUUUAUAAAUCCAAUGGGUCUUUCAAAGUCUGGGAAGUAAAUACCGUUGGAGGUGAUGAUUUUUUACGUGGCGCAAUUCCGGCUUCUCAUGAUAGAGUUACAGUUAACAAUGAAAAUGUAACCGUAAAACUGUUACCAAGCUAUAUGGGUGGUAGUCAUAAAGAAUAUUACAUUACAGUGGAUGAUAAUGCAAUAAAAAACGCGCAAGAUCAGAACCUUAUUGGUAUCAAAAAAUCUGUGUGGAAUUUAAAUACAUGUGAUAGAAGCGUUAUCAUUCGUCUAACCCCUGAAGGAACUCAACAUUACGUAGAUUUAUCAUCAAACGACCGAUCUACCUUUGUUAAAAAUAUGAGUGGUGAUAUUGCCACAGUUAUUAAUUGUGAUGCUUCGCGUAUUUCAAUACCGGUACUUUAUCAAUACAGUAAUUAUAAUAAUAGUGGUGAUCAAAUUUUUAUGCGUGUUAAUAUUGCCCAAAAUGCCCCAAGCGGUCAAAGCACUCAAGGUGCCCAAGGCGCCCAAGGAGAUAGUAGAGGUGCACCUAGCCUUGCUGAGGACUUAAAUGAUGUGAUCACUAACAAGGAUAUUUCGGCAAUUUCCACUGGCACCACCUCUCAAUACAUUGAUCAACCUAAUGGUGCUUGGCCAAUACGUACGUUCUCAUAUCGACAUGAUGAUGAAUAUGAUGAAGAACUGGGAGAAAAAGAUAGUAUUGAAGAUGGUGCCGCUCCACCUAAAGGACCUACAAAUGCUUCAUUAUCAAUUGCAGAGCACAUUGAUAAAGCUAGCGCAGUGUAG